UAUCAGGAUGCUGAAUCUUCAACGUAGAAUGUAAACAAAUAUUUUUGCAAGUUCUCUUCAUCCCUGGGGAUUUUACACUGCGUUAACGUAAACUGUGCAUAGAAAGUCAUGUGAGCGCUCCACAUAAAAUAGGCUACUUGUAUUUUUCUUUCUAAAUCUGUAAAAAUCUGUGAAGAAUGGAAGGCAAAAAUAAACGAAAACGUUCCGGAGAGAUUUCGGAAGAAAGACUCUACAAAAAGUUUGAAAUUCUAGAAACAAGGCUUAGUGAACUGUGGUCCAGUGACUCUAAUCGAGAAGAUGAUACCGAUACCUUGGAGCCUCUGGACGCUGAAGUCACAGAUAUUGUAUCAUUCAUUGAAAACGGUGACGGCCUGGACGGUGAAGACGAGUAUUUUGAUGAAGAACCAGAAGAGCCAAUAAUCGAAGUCCCGCAUGAAAAUCGGGCCAUUGAAGAAAUCAAUCUCUCAGACGACGAUCCACCAAACCCCAAUGAAGAAUCCAACAGGCUCGAGGAGGAAUCUGAAAAAGAAGAGGAAAUUGUCUUUCUGGAAGAAUUACCAAAGAACGAAGAACAUUUUCUAAAUGCAUCAGGUGAGUUCUCUCUGCAUCCUGACAUAAUGGAGACCUGGAAAGUUUGGACAAGAUGUGGCAUACCUCUCAAGGAUAAGAGAGAAUUACUUGAAAAAUAUUGUCCACCGAAAGUACUAAGGACGCCCGAAAUAAAUGAAGAAAUCCUCGUUACUUUGCACAAAAGGCCAAUAGAUAGGGAUGAACAUAUUCGCACUUCGCAGGAUUUACUCAGUUCGGCUCUUACAGCCUUGGGAUCAACGAUGUCCACCCUUUUAGUGGAAAGAGAUGGAUCAGACAGAAUAAAAGUGAUGAAUACUUUAAAUGACACAGCCAAACUCUUAACAGAACUCUAUCACUUUGACACUGACAAACGGAGAUCCCAAAUUAUUUCCUGGAAGUCGAAACCCUUGAGGCCUAUUUUGGCUGGCACUCAGCCGGAUGAGUUUUUGUUUGGAAGUGACCUUAAAUCAAAACUUAAUGAAGCGCAACAGUUGGGAAUUAUAGCGCCCCUGAAACCGUAUGUGUACAGGAAAAAAAAUAAUAAUCAACCAAGGAGAAGUUUCCCAAGUCCUUAUCAUUGGUAUGGUAAAGACGAAAACGAGGAGGAGGAGGAAGAACAGAAUUUUGUUCUUAAUCCAAUGAAACAGGAAGUGAAGUUUGUUUGUAAGAAAGAAGAGUUUCCUAUCAUUAAAUUGGAAUAGAUUUUUAAGCUUUGACUGAUGGAAUGUAACUGUGAAAGGAUGUUUAGUGUUUUAAAGAUGUUUCAGCUAUUAUUCAGAGUGAGAGGUUUACAUUUUCUUUGUUGUUUGCAUAUCAUGACAAAUUGAAAAAAAAACCAUUGAAAAUUCCGACGUAGGAUUUGGUGUAAGUAUUUUGUUUAUUAUUAAAAGUCCACAAAUUUUAGAAAUAAGGUUCCUUAGAAAUUUGCAAACAUGAAAAUCAAAUUCAUAAAUGUGUAUAAUUAUUUAGAGUCCUGCCUAAUUGGCUCAUUAAAUUAUUGUGGUAUGAUUCAGGUUCAAAUAUACAAGAUUUGCCUCUAAAGUUCAGUUUAUGAAAUGUUUCAAUUGGUAAAAGCAGAAGAUUCUAUAGCUUGAUAGUCCCACAUAAUAAUAUUACACUAUUUCGAAAAAUGAAUUUGCGUAAACAGCUUCAAGGUUAUUUUUUAUUUUAAUUAAGCAUUUCACAUCAAUACUUUCAAGGUUAUAUUUUGAUUUGUUUUUACAUUUUUCACUGCUACAUAUAAUUACAAGAAAAACAUCCAUAUAUAUCAAAAUAUAACCUUGAGAGUAUUUACGUAAAAUGCUUAAUUGAGAUAAUAAAUAACCUUGAAGCUGUUUACGCAAAUUCAUUUCACACAAUGGGGCAAUAUUAUUUUGUGACGUCAAGAAUAUUCUAGAAGCUUAACACGGACACGAACCACUACAGCUAUAGAAUCUUCUCGAUGUGGAUCUAUUACAGAAACGUUUCUGUUAAAUUAAAAGUUCCUUUUGAAAUGAAUUAAUAGAUAUUUGCACCAAAUUUUUGUUCUACGUAGUUCUCUACGUAGUUUACGACGUAGGAAUUUUCAAUAAGGAUGUGGUUAUACUUUUUGUCGACUUUAUUUUUUCAAAUUGCUUAAAGUUUAUUGUUUAAUUAUAAGAAUAAGAGCGGAAGUCUGAAGUAGCGUUUUCUAUAUUUCAUUGUAAUGUAAAAUAUUUAUCAAAACUAGAAGUUUGUCUCGCCUAGUCUGUACAGUUAAGUUGACAAGUGAAGUAUUACAUUAGGGUAAUUAAAAUUGGCUUUUUUAUGUAUAGGGAGAUUAUAUCAAUUGUUGAGUUGAAGCCAAAGUGAUUCAAAGCUGAGAAUUAGGGACAGAAAGGAGAGUAAAAAAUUACGGUGUGAAUAAUAGUUGUCUUUCGUCCCAAUCAGCUUACUAAAUAAAAAUAUUAUUUGGGAUAUAAAUAAUAUUAUUUAUUUGAAUUAUUAUUUUCUAUUGUACCUUAUAUUUAGUUUGCAAUUGUAAGAUUUACUGUAUAAUUUUAGUAAUUUCGUAAGGAAUGCUCAAGGAAUAAUUUAAAGUUCAUACUCAAGACGGUAUUUUUUUAUUUUUUUCAUCAUUAAUUGUAUUCGAUAAGUGACAAGUUUCCAGUGAUUUUUCAGAAAAUUAACUUUUUUUAAACAAUGAAUAUUUGUUUAAACAAUUUCCUUCCUCUAGUACAUCGUGAAAAGUUCAUAUUUUUCGGGAUAAAUUAUCUAGGUGAUGAAUGUCAACAACAAUAUUUUUCGUUUAACAUAUUCUUCAAUUUAAAUCAUUUCUAUUUGUUUCGUUUUUUCCCAUGAAAUCGUGAAAAAUGGUCUUUUAUGGAAUUAAUGACACGAGUAACGAAUUUUGAGUGUAAUAUAUAUUUUUCAACUAUAUUUGGCAGUUAUUUCAAUCAUUUUCAUUUACUUAAACUUUUUUUUGCCCCGAGUAAAUUUUCAAAUAUUGACAGUUUGCAAUUAUUUAAGCAAUUAACAUUACAUGCUCUUUUUCUCAGGAAAGAUGAAGAAUGUCUGCGUGAUUAACUCCAGAAAAUAAUAUUUUUUCAAUAUUUACAAGGGUAAAAAGUUAUUUUAACAAAUUAAAAUUUUUUAACUAACAGUAAAAUGUCUAACGAAAAAUAAGACUCUCGUUAUUCAUGAAUUAUUAUCAAUUCUAGAGAGUAGUACUUUUCAAUAUUUGUAGGGGAAACAAUUGUUUCAACAAAUGAAAAAUGUUCAAAUAAUUACCAAGUGUGUUAAACAAGAAAUAUUGAAAUUGACAC